AUGAAAUCGAGUUUUGGUCCGUUUUAUGAUAUUCGAAUUUUCGUUCGUCGUGGAUGCUACGGCAGAUAUUCAACUGGCUUCACCAGCGUACAUGGCGAAACGCCCUCUGCUGAGUAUGCGAGGAUGAGGAGCGAAUCGCUUGAAAACCAAUUUGGGCAUGCUCUUGGAACUUAUAGCUCUAAGAGUUUCAAUGCUAUUUACCGGUUUGGCCCCUUUUUGGCUUUGUACAGGGCAGCAACUAUUUCAUUUCAAGUGUUAAGGCUAAUGUUAUGGCAAUUAUUUGUUCAAGACAUGAAAAAACGUGCUGUUAAGCUUGGGCAAGCAUUGAGCACUCGGCCUGACAUAUUACCAACAAUAUAUUGCCAAGAACUCGCCAAGUUACAGGAUCAAAUACCUCCGUUUCCAACUGAUGUUGCAAUCAGAUCUAUUGAGAAUCAGUUUGGUAGUCCAAUUGAUGAAAUUUUUAGUGACAUCAGCCCAACACCUAUUGCGGCAGCAUCCUUAGGGCAAGUAUAUAAAGCUCACCUGCAUUCUGGAGAGCUGGUUGCUGUUAAGGUACAGAGACCUGGUAUGUCACUCUCAUUGACUCUUGAUGCUUUGUUAUUCCAUAUGAUUGGGGGGCAACUAAAACGGUUUGCCAAGGCUCGGAAAGAUCUAUUGGUGGCGGUAAAUGAAAUGGUCAGGCACAUGUUUGAUGAAAUUGAUUAUGUCCUAGAGGGAAAAAAUGCUGAGCGCUUUGCUUCUCUCUACUGUUGGUCUGCAAGAAUAUUUUCAAGGGGUGCUAAUAAGCAGAGCAACAAAUAUGCAGGUGGGGUUAAACACGGAAGAACAAAUGCUGUCAAAGCUCCAAAAAUAUAUUGGCACUACACAUGCUCCACUGUGCUGACUAUGGAGUGGGUAGAUGGAAUUAAGCUUACAGAUGAAAUAGGCUUGGCUAAAGCUUCUUUGAACAGAAGGGAACUCAUUGACCAGGUUUUUGGAUUAUACUGCUCUUUGAGGCAAAUGCUUGAGGUUGGUUAUUUCCAUGCUGAUCCUCAUCCAGGAAACCUUGUUGCGAUAAAUGAUGGAACACUUGCAUAUUUCGACUUUGGAAUGAUGGGGGAUAUUCCUAGGCAUUAUCGGAUUGGACUUAUUCAAAUGCAUGCUUUAUGUCAACUUGGUGAUGGUCAUCCUACUUGUGGCGAUGCUGGAGAAGUGUCAAAAGGAUAUAUUGUGCACUUCGUUAAUCGUGAUUCUCUGAGCUUGGCCAAUGACUUCCUUUCUUUGGGAUUUAUUCCUGAAGGUAUUGAUAUUCAUUCAGUUUCUGAUGCGCUGAAAGCAUCAUUCGCUGACGAGGCUGGUGAAUCUGAAGAUUUUCAGGGAAUUAUGAACCAACUAUAUGAUGUGAUGUAUGAAUUUAACUUCUCCCUCCCGCCAGAUUAUGCUCUUGUGAUAAGAGCAUUGGGAUCACUAGAAGGCACAGCUAAAGUUCUGGAUCCUGAUUUUAAAGUAAUUGAGAGUGCAUAUCCUUUUGUCAUCGGGAGACUUAUAGCAGACCCAAACCCUGAUAUGAGAAGAAUUUUGAGGGAACUGCUCAUUCGGAACAAUGGAUCCAUAAGGUGGAACCGGCUAGAGCGCCUGGUAGCAGCAAUAUCUGAACAAGCGUCCGAGAUAACUGGAGACCCUAAUUCUGAAAAGUUUUCAAGUUCUCCUGUUUGGAAAUUAUUUGACAUGCACGCUGUUGUUGAUUCCACUGAAGAUCUUUUAUUAUUCAUAUUAUCUGAGAAGGGUCUUAGAGUGCGUCUUUUCCUUCUUCGGGAUAUAGUAGAAGCAGCUGAUGUGUUUCUGCAAGAUGAAGUGAUUAAUUGCGCAUUAAAUGAGAAUCCUCAAGGCCAGAGGACAUUACUAUUUGAGGAGCGUAAUAUCCCGGGUAGGAUUGGAAAAGGGUUUGAAUACCUUUGUGAGGUAGUGAAGUUGGCGCCAGCGGAGUGGACAGCAAUGCUUAUUCGGAUGGCAAUGAGGCCUGAGUUUCACAGAUUUGCUUUAGACAUUAUUUCAGCUAUAGCUUUGCAUUCUACCCACAAGUUACAGGUGGCUUCUUGGCUCUGUUUGUCCAGACUUCUUCACAAAAUAUGA